AUGGCUGCUCUCUGUGUCGGCGAGGACUUCUGCGAGGAGUUCACCUGUGCAGUGUGUCUUGACUCGUGGAAGGACCCCAUCGAGCUGACGCCGUGUGGGCACAUCUUCUGCAAGGCGUGUGCGCAAGACCUGAAGGAGUGUCCGGUGUGCCGCAAGAAGAUCGACCUCAUGAAAACACCGAACCGCACACUAGUCAACAUGGCGAAGCAGAUUCGAGUCAAGUGCAUGCGGUGUGAGUGGAAGGGGACGCGCGAGCAAGGGAUGAGCCAUGUAUGCGGGAAUGCGAGCGCCAGCCUGCCGAGCCAGCCAUCGCCGCCAUCUUCGGUUACCACGCAGCCACCACAGCAGCACCCCACUGCGGCCAAUUUUCCCUCCCCAUACACGCAGCAGCUGCCGUACUCUGGCUACGGGUCACCUCCGCUGCAGACACUGCAGCAGGGGCAGAGCAAUUCGAGCCUGUGGCAGAGCGGUGCUCCGACGCAGCCUCCGCAGCAGUCGGCGGGAUACUCGUCGAGCCACGCCAACGCUUACCCAGGUGCCGCCCCGUCUCUCGGCAGCGGCAAUGCAGGCGGUCAGGGCGGCUACCCCUCCUCGAACAACUACUGGAGUCAGACUGAGGUGAGCUACACCGGCUACAAUAAACAGCCGCCCCCGUCACGCUCGCCGCAGACACGCUACCAGGUGAUCGAGCCGACAGGCCCGCGCCCGUGGACGCUGUACGGAUUGGACCAGGCCGAAUACGACCAGAUCGUGUCUCUCUUCGUUUUCUUCGACGAUGACGACAGCGGCAUGCUGGACCGCAAUGAGGUAGGCCGUCUCGCACGGUGGCUGAACUUUGCGAACACACCGCAGGGCGUGAAGCAGAUCUUUGACGAUAUGGACUUUGACCACAGCGGAAGGCUUUCCCUUGGCGAGUUCCUGACGUGGCUGCGGCACAACAAGCCGAAUCCGAAGACCCUCUACGGUCUCACGCAGUCGCAGUACAACACAAUCAUGAUGCAGUUCCGCAUGUACGACACGAAUCAGGACGGGUGCCUAGAGAUGGGGGAGUUUACCCGACUGGUGCAGAAUCUCGGCGACGUGCGCGACACUGCGACAGCGCAGCGUCUGUUCCAGAUGAUCGACCGGGAUCGCGAUGGAGCCAUCAGCCUACACGAGUUCCUUAUUUUUCGAAGUGGAGACGAUUGA